AUGACGAGUGUCUCUGGCUGCAGACUGGUCUGUUACGUCUCUGGUAUAAAGUCUCUUCUUCAUCGAGUGGCGACAACAAGGAUUUCAACUACAGCAUCGACAACAGUCUGCAAUAAAGUGACCUCUGCUGUUUGGUCCAGAGGCCACACCCCCUCGGUCAACCACACCCCCUUGGUCAACCACACCCUCCAUCUGGAUCCUCUCUCCCUCACUACCAUGGACCACCACCUGCAGGCUCUGACAGCAGCACCACCUACUGACUGCUGUACGCCAGCACAGGACCUCGGAGGCCUCAGUCCCUUUGACCCUGAGUGUGUGGAGUGUGCGGUACAGAAUUGUCCUCAGCGUCUGAUCUCAGAUGUGCGGCUGAUGUUCCCUGAUGCCCCGCCCUCCCCUGUCACAGUGGUAACUGUAGCACAGCGCACCCUGCAGGACAUGAGCCGCUGGGACGCCCAGGUGCUGCAGGAGAGAGAGGCUCUGCUGGAGGCAUUUGUGCAGGGGGCGAUCGACGUAUGCGAGAAACUGAGAGAGAGAGGCUUCUGGGCAGACUUCAUCGACCCCUCCAGCGGUUUGCCGUUCUUGGGUCCCUACACCAACAUGACUCUGUUUGAGACUGACGAUCGUUACUCCUCUCUGGGCUUCUGUGUGGAGGACCUGGGCUGCUGCAGAGUGCUGAGGCACACUCUGUGGGGAACUCACGUCGGGAACAUGGUGCGUCUGUCCCCGCUGCUGCUGCUGUGCUGUGCGGCUGUGAGCGUCACUGCGGCCCCUGCAGGAGGAGAGAGGACCCGGACCGGGACCAGGACCAGGGCCGAGCCAGGACGCAUGUGGCACAUCACUGACCUCCACCUCGACCCCUCGUACCAUGUGACCUCUGACCCCGCCCACGUGUGCGCCUCGUCUAAAGGCGCUGCGGCGGUGGCACCUGGAGUCUAUGGGGAUUAUCUGUGUGACGCCCCCUACAGGCUGAUCCAGGAAGCACUGAAGACACUGGGAACCAUGGUGCAGGAGGGGGACUAUGUGAUCUGGACUGGCGACAGCCCCCCCCACGUCCCGCCCUCAGAUCUGUCCUUUGAUCUCGUGGUUGAGAUUCUGUCAAACGUGACGUCGACAGUGAGACUCGCUCUGCCCAACGUCACUGUGUUCCCUGCCGUUGGUAACCAUGACUACUGGCCCCAGGACCAGAUGCCAGACCGGCCGAAUGCUCUGUAUGCAGCCGCUGCUCGCCUCUGGGCGCCCUGGCUCCAGCAGGAGGCGCUAGACUCGCUGCUCACAGGAGGGUUCUACUCCCAGCUGGUCCAUCCUGGUCUGAGGAUCAUCUCCCUCAACACCAUCCUGUACUACGGUCCAAACCAUCAAGUCACCAGCUCUGACCCUGCCGGACAGUUCACCUGGUUAGAGAGGACUCUAGGGAGCGCUGAGAAGAACCAGGAGAAGGUGUAUAUCAUCGCCCAUGUUCCGGUUGGCUUCCUGCCCUAUGCUCGGAACGUGACAGCGAUGAAGUCUGAGCAUAAUGAGCGGCUGACGGCCAUCUUCCUGCGCUUCAGUCAUGUGAUCAGAGGACAGUUCUAUGGCCACACCCACCGGGACAGCGUCAUGGUGAUGAGGGACCACACAGGGGCGGCGCUGUCCUCUGCGUUCGUGUCUCCAGCGGUGACUCCCAUCAGAAACGUCAAUGAAAAGUUUUCCAACAAUCCCACGUUUCGAGUUUAUCUGUUUGAUCAGUUCUACCAGAUCCAGGACCUGUGGCAGUUCUUCCUGAACCUCACUGAAGCAAACGUCCAGCAGAGGGCGCUGUGGCGGCUCGAGUAUGUGAUGACUGAAGCCUUUGGACUGAAGGACCUAAGUCCGGACUCUCUGCUGGGUCUAGGUCAGAGUCUGGUUCCACCCGAGUCCAGAACCUUCCAGACCUACUUCAACCACUUCACUGCAGCCUACAGCCCUGGGGCCCGCUGUGAGGGCCGCUGUAAGGUGGACCAGGUCUGUGCGGUCCUCAACGUGGAUCAACGGGGAUCGUGUGUGGAGCAGACGCUCUGCUCGGUCCUGUCAGACCACUCUGCCCAGAGGACAGAAGCGGACACUGCAGGAGUCCAAAGAGUGUGA